AGCACCACGGCCGGCCUGGCCAUCCCGAGGGCUCCACCAAGGCCGAGGACUAGUUCUGGAAGGCGUUAUGUGACCGAUGAGCCCUCUGUGAUCCUGCGCAUGGGAGAUUAUUGAGUGGGGGAGCGGCGCCGUCAGACCCAGUGCAAAGAACCAUUCCAGACCAUUAGGAGCCUGUCUGCCAGGGCCAUCUGGGAGGUUCUGAUCCAAUCCAAAAGGCAGCCGGUGCAAGCGUCCCCUCCAAGGUCAGAGGCUAGAGGGGAGGUCAGCACUCAAUAAAUGUCAGUGAAGGUAUUGACAUAACCAAGCCUAUUCCACACUUGGCAAGUGUUCAGGAGAAUAUCGAUGAGCUCCAGCUCACGGCUGUUCUCCCAGACUCCGGGCAGGGGAGGGAACACGGAGAGGGGGAGGCCAGAAGGAGGUCAGAGCCCCAGAGGACGGCUUUGUUGUAUACACGGCAGACACCAUGAGCCAGAGGUUGGGGUCCUGGGCCAGGGGUGCUCCGGGAGUGGCUGAGGGCAAACUGAAGGUCCUAGAAAAGUUCUUCCAGCCUCCGGGGGCCUGGGCACAGGAAUCCUCACAGAGCUCGCCGUCUUCCCUGGGCUCCUCGGGCAGCCCCCCCAAACUGGGCAGGGGACCGCUGAUUGGCGGCCGGGGCCUGGGGGAAAGGCUCCGGUUUUCCGCUUUCCUUGAUGAGGUAACGCAGAGGGUGCUGAGUCCUGCUCAGCUCCGGGCUCUGGGCUGGAAGGGAGCUCUGGACCAACUGGCAUACUCUCCUCCCCAGGAAAGACAGAGGGCAAAGCCCCCGAGCCAGCUGUCUGAGACGCGGACGCCCCCGGAUCUGCCUGAGCCAGCAGGGGGCUCCCUGGGCAUGGGGUCCACAGAAGAGGAUGGGGAUCCCAAGCUCUACCUGUGGCAGGUGUGGGAGGAGCUGAUGACCCUGAAGGAGCAGUUCCUGAGGCUGCAGGAGGACUUGGCCAGCACCCACAAGGCCCACCAAGAGCUGGAGGAGAAACUCCAAAGCCUGGUCUCCAGGUUGGCCUCCAGGCCCCCAGGACCUCCUGUGUUCUUUCUUCUGAACGAGGCUCCCAGCUGCUCCCCGGUCUCCCCCAUGCCCUGGGUGAGCCCAGAGCUGUGGGAGGGGGAGGAUGGGGGGGGUUCUGGGCGCCCCCGAGAGGGAGGGGCUGGUCCCCUGCGAGAAGGCUCCACGCCAGGGCUCUGUGUCUCACCCUCCUUAGUGUCCCCAAUAAAACCUUAGCCGUCCCCACACCCGCCGUGAGCCUGUGUCUGGGCGGGAGGGGGAACAACCCCCUGGAUUCUGGCCCCAGCCCCUCCCAUCCUGCAGAAGUGAUUCUAGGGCAGGGACACUCACUGAGAGAUAAGGCUGAGAUUGAAGAGAUAGGAGCCUGGGAGAGGCUCCCCCCCCCCAGGAGAUAAGGCUCCGUCCUAUCCCAGAAGCCAAAGCUGUGAAUCAUGGAAAAAGAGGGCCCCGGCCCAGCCCUGAGACUCAGGGUUCCCCUCGGCAGGGGGAAGAGUGUAAGCUGGGAGGGCCUGGGGGAAAAGCACUUCCCACAUGGUGCUACUGGGAGCACUGGGAGCUCUGGGGGCCUCGGUUUCCCCAUCUAUAGAACAGUUGCUCCUCCCUCUGAGGUCUUUUCCAGCUCCUGCUCUAUGGCCCUUCACUGCUUUGGUUCAGGGCAGCCAUUUCACUCUGGCCGGGCCUUGG